AUGUUAAGCUCCUGGGUCUGGUCCUCCAUGAGGCUAGGGCUGAGCAAGAGCUUGUCCAGGAAUGUGGGGGGCCGGGUGUCAGGGGAGAGGAGGAAGGUGGACAUUGCAGGCAUCUACCCUCCACUCACCACCCCCUUCACUGCUACCGCAGAAGUGGAUUAUGGGAAACUGGAGGAGAAUCUUCACAAACUGAGCACCUUCCCCUUCAGAGGCUUCGUGGUCCAGGGCUCCACUGGUGAGUUCCCCUUCCUGACCAGCAGGGAGCGACUGGAGGUGGUGAGCCGAGUGCGCCAGGCCAUGCCCAAGGACAAGCUCCUGAUCGUUGGCUCCGGCUGCGAGUCCACUCAAGCCACAGUGGAGAUGACCUUGAGCAUGGCCCAGGUUGGGGCUGAUGCUGCCCUGGUCGUGACCCCUUGCUACUAUCGGGGCCGCAUGGACAGUGCUGCUUUCAUCCAUCACUACACCAAGAUUGCUGACCUCUCUCCCAUCCCGGUGAUACUGUACAGUGUCCCAGCCAACACAGCACUGGACCUGCCUGUGGAUGCGGUGGUCACACUCUCCCAACACCCAAAUAUUGUGGGCAUCAAGGACAGCGGUGGCGACGUGACCAGAAUCGGGCUUAUUGUUCACAGGACCAGAGGGCAGGAUUUCCAGGUGCUGGCUGGGUCUGCUGGCUUCCUGAUGGCCAGCUAUGCUUUCGGAGCUGUUGGUGGUGUGUGUGCCCUGGCCAAUGUCCUGGGGGCCCAGGUGUGCCAGCUGGAACGACUCUGCCUCACAGGGCAAUGGGAAGAUGCACAGAAGCUGCAGCACCGACUUAUCGAGCCAAACACUGCGGUGACACGACGCUUCGGGAUCCCAGGGCUGAAGAAAACCAUGGACUGGCUUGGCUACUACGGAGGCCCCUGCCGUGCGCCUCUGCAGGAGCUGAGCGCCUCUGACGAGGAGGCCCUGCGCAGCGAUUUCACCAACAAUGGUUGGCUCUGA